AACGCCGCACACCGGUGAAUGGCUAUCCUACGCCUUUUCCGCGCCCGAACAUAAAACCUGGAAAUAAAUCAAAAAUGUCAGUCAAGAAUAGCGUGCUCAAGGGAGCCCGGUGGCUGGGUCAGGAAUUCGGCCUGGCUACAAUGAGAAAAACUGGAAGGGACGUCUAUCUCAUCAUCUUUGCACGCUAUCUCCGGCUUUUCGCAUACGGCGCGGCUGCGCUUAUUCUCGCGCUGUUCUUCCAAGAGCAAGGGUUUUCGGACGAGCAGAUUGGGCUUUUCAUGACGCUGACGCUGCUCGGCGAUGUCGUGAUUAGUCUGCUGCUGACGCUCGUUGCGGAUGCACUGGGGCGGCGCAGGAUCCUGCUGCUCGGCGCCGUGUCCAUGGCGGUUUCUGGGGCCGUCUUUGCGACGACGAUUAACUAUGUAGCGUUGCUUCUUGCGGCUAUUGUCGGUGUCAUUAGUCCGAGUGGGAAUGAGAUUGGCCCGUUCAGAGCUGUCGAGGAGUCGACGCUGGCGCAGCUCGUGGCUGAGACGGAAAGAUCUGACGUGUAUACUUGGUAUGUCGUGCUGGCUGUCAUGGGCACCUCGACAGGCCUGGCAGUCGGUGGUGUGGUUAUCGAUCGCCUGCAGGCGCUGGAGGGCUGGACGGUUCUGGAUGCGUACCGAGCGAUUUUCUGGAUUUACACGGGCGUUGGCUGUGUCAAGGCGGUUAUGACGCUGUUUAUGAGCCAACAGUGUGAGCACGAGGGUGGGAAGCCUAAGAGGAAUGCGGCUGCUGAGGCUGCUGAGACGCAGCCACUGUUGGAGGAGACAAGUGAUGCUCAAGAGCAAGACGUGGCGAAGCCGGAAAAGAAGAAGAAGAAGAGAUUCUGGCACUCGAUCAGCACGAUAUCGAAGCCGACUCGCAUGGUUCUGCUCAAGCUUUGUAGCCUGUUCUUCCUGGAUUCCUUGGGCUCAGGCAUGGUUCCCUUCAGUCUGAUCAACUACUACAUGGACCGGAAGUUCAACUUGCCCAAGGGGAAACUGGGAGGCAUCAUGUCGGCAACAUGGUUCGUGUCAACCACUGGCAAUGUCUUUGCCUCGAGUCUAGCUAAGCGCCUCGGCCUGAUCCAAGCCAUGGUAGUCACUCAUCUACCAGCCUCUCUCUUUCUGGCCCUUUUGCCAGUCCCGUCUGGCCUGGCGGCAACCAUCUGCCUGCUUGUCGCCCGCUCUGUCCUUAGCUCCAUGGAUCAAGCGCCUCGGUCGGCGUUCCUCUCCAUCGUGGUCCUGCCGGAAGAGCGAACGGCAGUCAUGGGCGUGGUCAAUAUUCUCAAGACGCUGAGUCAGAGCAGUGGUCCAACGGUCACAGGUAUUCUUGCUGGGCACAACCAUUUCUGGGUCGCUUUUGUGGCAGCGGGCAGCUUGAAGGCGACGUAUGAUUUGUUGCUGCUGGUGUUUUUCGGGGGCAGAGUGCAGCCGCGGAAGCGUGAGCCUGAGCAGGUCCAGCCUGAAGUAGGAGACGCUCCCUGAAGAACGGUCCGAUGUCCAGAGAUGGGCUUAGUGAUUAUUUUACGGGUCUCGGGUGUGUAGAGUAGACAUCUGCUAACCAGCAGAGAGCAUGUUUAGACUUGGAUCAGAGCAGCAUAGCCAAAGUAGAUGGGC